UGGCUGGGACAGGGCAAGUGGCUCAACGGCACUCGGAGAACGCGCCGAGUUGAUAUAAAGGUCCGGGCUUCUCCUGUCUUCGCAACUGCGGCCGGACCACCGGACAUAUCGGAACGCCUUGCCGCUGCCCGCCACUCCACUUCAAAACAUCAUGUGGGUGGUGUGGUCAGUUCUCCUAUUGCAAAUCGCCUCCUUUGGCUACGCUGCAAUUCCGGAUCCACCGACAGCCAGGACGACCACAAUCGGAGCUCGAAAGCUCGCCACCGCCGAGGAUUGCUCAGGCGUCGUAGCCUUCUCUGCUUCUCACGGUCACAUCAACGAUGCGAGGGUCGUGCUUUCGGAGACCCUGGUCAACAAAGGUGUCGGCUACGUGCCUACAACGGGCACAUUCACGACGCACUGUCCAGGGCUUUACCAAUUCAGCUUUGCCGGAUACGGAAGUUCGGAUUUGCGGUUGACUCUAAAGCGCAAAGGAAGCAAGAGCCAAUCGUGGAUUCCUGUGAUCAGCGUUGGUCCUGGCGGAGGAUCGAACCUGGUCCUCCUGGACAUGGAGGCGGGCGAUCAGCUUGCCGUCUUUGUUGAGUCGGGAAAAAUUUCCGACGGCGCUACUUUCACCGGCCACCGCAUGGCGAAGAAAUGAUGAACGGAAGGAAGCCCCACUUUCUCCGACUUCUGUGACCUUCUUGCUCUUUACUCUUCUUCUUCUUCUCCUUUUUCUUCGCUGUUUGUUCUUUUUAUUUUUUCUUUAAUUUAUCUUUUGAAUAUUUUUUUCCGUUUUAACCGACGUAAUUAAAUCAAGUUAAUUGCUAUCUACGUCGUCGAUUUGUUGCUGAUCUCCAGUAACUGGUCAGAAUAUAUUAUGCGCACAAUUCUUCAACGGAUUUACAAAUAUCAGUUAUACUCGAUUCUAAAACUACCAAAACCAAUGCGGAAUGGAUUUAAAAAUGCCGAAAAUGUUCUAACUUCAGAAAAAUUUUAAUAUUCAUCGGUAUUUUUAUAGCCAGCUCUUGGUCAUUUGGUUAAUCAAUGUGUGACUAGGUGAGCACUUUAUACAAUCCCCCAAAAAUUAGAGACUACUUUUAAAGCCGAUAUAUAGUGACAGGAAUCUCGACAGCCAAUUUGUGAAUGCAAAAAAAAUUAAUAAGCUAUCAGUGUCGCCGUCAGC